AUUAUAAAUUUCCUACUUUUUGCAAAAGUUCAACUUCAGUUAAAGCAUAAAAAAAAUUGAAUAUACUAUGGAUCAAGGAGGUCGUAGUGGUGGUGGGGGAGGAGGAGGAGCCGAGCAAGGGAAGUACCGGGGAGUAAGGAGACGGCCUUGGGGAAAAUACGCAGCGGAAAUAAGAGAUUCGAGGAAGCACGGAGAGCGUGUGUGGCUAGGGACAUUCGACACUGCAGAAGACGCGGCUCGAGCCUAUGACCGAGCUGCCUAUUCAAUGAGAGGCAAAGCCGCCAUUCUCAACUUCCCUCAUGAGUAUAACAUGGGAUCCGGAUCCUCUUCCACUGCGGCUAAUUCUUCUUCCUCGUCGAGGGAGGUUUUUGAGUUUGAGUACUUGGACGACAGCGUUUUGGAUGAACUUCUUGAGUAUGGAGAGAACUAUAACAAGACUCAUAAUAUCAACACCGGUAAGAGGCAAUAAGGGAAUACAAUCGUUCUAGAUUG